AAUGCAUGAGCAGCGGAGGCAGGAAGUAGUGGCUUCCCGUGUAGAAAUAGGGGCGUAGCCACAGCUGAGCCGAGCGACAGUCCAGGCACAAGGAGGAAGGAGAGAAGACAACAGCCAGAACUAAACAACUGGGGCAAAAGCAAGGGGAAAAGGAAGGAAGGAAGGAAGAUGGGGACGUGGAACUGUCAGCAACAGCGGGAAUAAAUCUGAGGGGGGGACCACACCGACACCCCCCCCCCCAAAAAAAGAACAAGGGGGAAAGCGAUUUCUCUGCGUAUUCGGCCACAAGAGUCUUCGGCCAGCAGGCAGAGAGUGAACCGAAAGAAGGAUGGAGGAAAUGGAUGUGAUAGUGGAAGAAGAGAUGCGACUGGAUGUCAGUGCAACAGCCACAGAGGAACAGCAGAUCCAGGCCUCCUCUCAAAACGACCUCAGUCUCCUGCCAAACCCGGGUCCUCUUUUGCGUCCAAAGCAGAGAUCACGGCAGACGGAUCCUGCGCGGCCCUGGAGGUCCCUGCCAGCCACCCCUACGGGGGAGAUGGAGAAAGAUCAGGCGGUCUUCUUCUCUUCGCUGACCUCUCUCCAAGCGGAGGAGUUUUUUGACAUGGUGGCCAAAUUCCAGGCCCGGAGGCUUGAUGACCAGCGGGCUGAUUUUGAGGAGGCUGCGGAAAUGUGUGCGGGCAACUCGAGGGUCUCUGAAGAGAAGCUCUACGACACUAUCUUGGCUCAUCAGAGCCAGCGUCUUGAAGACCAGCGCACCGAGCCUCCCAUCCCAGUUGGAAUUCAGGGCCUACUGGAUCUGCUGCUCAAAGCCCAAGGCACCCGGAUGGAAGACCAGCGCUCGGCUCUCCCUCCUGCUCUCGGUGGGCCGUCCUUGCUGGGGGCGCACACUUCCUUCCCCAUGCAAUGCCUGAGUCCCCAGGCUGACUCCUCCCUCCAACAGAUGUGGUUCUAGUGACUCGAGACACAUUGCGCCGAAAGACAGAACCCUUGCCAGGCCUAAACUGAGCAAGGCAGCAUGGACUGAGAAACUGAGAUGGGCCGCUUUGAAAAAGUUUCAUACUGUGAAGGUAUCCUGUGUUGUAGAAAAAGAAAAGAGGGUGGGUGCAAAACUGAGACAGCCUCUCUCCAAAUGCAGCACCGUAUUUGAUUCCCGGCUAAGCUUUCUGUCCUCAGCAAUCUAUGGCGUUUCCUUCUAACCCGUCGACGAGCAAAAUGGCCUGAACUGGUGGCAGAAGCAGUAGUGUGAUAUGUUUAUUGGGAGCCAUGGAAAGUCAGUACGUUUCUGAGUCUGCUGGGAUACAGCUUGAGGCUCUUAAUCUCAGGGUUGGGGGUUCAAGCCCCACAUUGGGCAAAAGGUCCGGCAUUGCAGGGGGUUGGACUAGAUGAUCCUUGGGGUCCCUUCCAAAACUCUAUGAUUCUAUGGUUCUACCUCUUCCUCAGGUGGACAGAGAAAAGGAAAAAAAAGACCACACUGAUAAACAAAUAGCAGACGUUAGGUAUGUGUGAUGCUACUAAUUCCUGCCCCAAAGGAGGUCGUACAAGUGGAUAACCUGAUGUUCUGGAUCAGAGAUCUAGAACUGUCUUUAGGAGGCAUCAAGCUGUUAGAACCACCACUUUUUGCUAGAUUAAUCCACCAUCUUACACUGUAGCCUCACAGCAAUCUUUUAUGGUCCUCCUGAUGUUGCCAGACUUCGCCCUGGUCAGCGUGGCCAAUGAUCAUUGGAGCUGUAGUCUUUCAACAUUUACCAUAGUCUUUCCCGUUCUAAAAUUAGGGUCAGGGUGUAUUGAGGUGUUCGUGUGUGUGUGUGUGUGUGUGUUUGUGUGCAAUUGAAAUGUAAAUUCAGCUGAUUGAUGCUUGCUUUGAAAGAGAUCGGUUUUACGUGCUUCCAAUCUUUUAUAAAGCAAUGGUGAUGGGUACUGUCUUAUUUAGCUGCUUCCACGCUGUGUCCCGUAAUGCAAUCAUAUGGAAAUGUAGUAAUUAAAAUAGCGGCUCUACAAAUGGAGCUGUUUUCCUCCAUCCUGCCAUCUCUGUCUGCACUACACAUUCGGGGUGCAGCUCUGGUGGGCCUAUGCAAAGAAUCCCAGCAGAGCAGAACCCCCUUUUUGUUCUUACCUGUAAAGGCAAGUGCAAAUGCACCAAAUAUUAUCUGUGCGAUAGUUACCUGUUUUUUCAUUUUUAUUUUAUGUAGUAGCAAACCAGGCAGAAUCACGACCUGAGAACUCGAUUACAAUAGGGGUUUUCUCCCGGCUUAUGUACGGCAGCCCACCUGCAAACCCUCGCUGCCCACGGCUGCAGUUGCCAGCUGCUGUAUUGCAAAGCUAAGAUAAAACGGCAGCGGUUGGCCGCCCUUGCAAGAAAAGUUUGUCGUUUUUAUGUACGGUUGCGCUUUAGUGCGGUCAUCAUAAUAAAACUUCCUUGUGUGUUCUUGA